UGGAAUACGUCGCUAGUGGAAAGGGGCGUGGCUUUGGCUAACCUCGUUUGGGGAAAGAAAGACUCAUCACAAAAACAGAAUAUCAAAAACAUUAAGGAAAUUAGCUCGUUGUCAAACUAAAACACAUGUUUUGGGUCAAGUGAAGGCACGCUGAUAUGGAUGACACACUCUUCCAACUGAAGUUUACAGCAAAACAGCUCGAAAAACUUGCCAAAAAGGCAGAGAAAGAUUCAAAAUCCGAGCAAGCCAAAGUUAAAAAGGCUCUUCAGCAGAAGAAUGUGGAAGUUGCCAGAGUAUAUGCAGAGAAUGCCAUCCGUAAGAAGAACGAGGGCCUUAAUUGUCUGCGCAUGGCAUCCCGUGUUGAUGCUGUUGCCUCCAAGGUCCAGACUGCUGUCACUAUGAAAGCGGUCACAAAGAAUAUGACGCAGGUCACCAAGGCACUGGACAAAGCGCUGGGUUCCAUGGACCUGCAGAAGGUGUCUGCUGUUAUGGACAAGUUUGAGACGCAGGUCCAGAACCUGGAUGUUCACACCUCGGUGAUGGAGGACUCUAUGAGCUCGGCCACCACACUGACCACGCCCCAGGACCAGGUGGAUGACCUCAUCGUCCAGAUAGCAGAAGAGAGUGGUCUGGAGGUGAUGGACCAGCUCAGCCAGCUGCCUGCAGGAGCCACCUCAUUGGGAGAGAGCUCCUCACGCUCACAACAGGAGAAGGAGGACCAGCUGUCUCGCAGGUUGGCUGCUUUGCGGAACUGAACAUCUCUCAACUAUUCGCGAGACAGGAGGCGGCUAGACAACCGCUUGGAAACAAACAGCUGGGAGCUGUGUGAUUCUAUCAAACUGUUCAUACCGUGAGGACCUAAUGAGCCUAUUGAUUUCCAUCCUCACGUCUAUUUAUAUACACACUCACACUGUGGUGCUGAAAAUACCACCUGAGAAGGCAUGGGUCUCUCUCUUCCUCUCUCUCUUCCCCCUCUGUCUCUGUCUGUCUGUCUUUUUCUGUUGCACAUCUUUUUUUCCCCCACCUUUCAUUUUCCUUUUCCCAUAUCAGUCUUUCUAUUCUCACUCAUUGUCUUAUAUUAAUUAGGGAUCCCUCAAAUCAAAAUAAAGUGUUAUUUGUCACAUCCUUCGUAAAACAACGGGUGUAGACCAACAGUGAAAUUCUUAAUUACGGGCCCUUCCCAACAAUGCAGAGAGAAAAAAUAUCCCCCUUGGUUAGUUGUACUUGUGAAUUUCAGUACAUUGUCACAUGACAUAUUUUUGGAUUUAUAUUUGAAUUGAGGGUUUUCCUGAGAACAUGAAGAGUUUUGCAAAAUGUCCAAAUAGUAUAUUGGAAAAGGGUGUUUUAAAACACACAUUUGUGUGAUAUAUUGAAGCUUGGACCCCCAAAAGUUAUUUAUCUGGAUUGUACCUAUCAGAUAAGAUUAAAUGAAUAUACAUAGAAUGAAUAGAACGGACAAAUCAUUGACUUGAAUGGAUAAUAUUAUUUAGUGCUCUGAUGUUUCCCAGUUUGCACUCUGUUUAGCACUAAACCACAGUCAUCUCUUGACACACUGUAUUGACAACACUAACAAACAAAAUUAAGACACUCUAUUGUCUACUGCUUUCUCCUAACUCUUAAAAGAAAUAAUCAUCUGACAUAUUGUCAUUAUUUCUAUAUAGAGGGAGGACAAUUCUCAGUCAUAUUUUUUGUUUUCCUGAUUAUUUCUGUUAAAAUAUAUUACUAAUUCAUGCCUAUGUUAUUUUACUUUGAAUAUGUGUGCCUUAUUGGGAUGCAGGAGUAUGCAUAGGUCUUCUUCUCAGUGCCUGGAUGUAUGUAGUUAGACAUAUAGUGAUUGAUCCUAUGUAAGGUUUUAAUAUUGAGGUUUUGGGACUAUAAAGUUCUAUCUGCCAAAAUAAUAUUCUGAGAUAAUUUGCUUUAAAAUUCUGAACCCUCUUUGGUUUGAAGUGUGUUAGAAUUGUUUUAUCUUGUAUUCUUUUGAAUUUAAAAACAUGAAUUGUGGUAUAUAGAGUAGAGAACAUUGAACCGAACAAGGCUAUGUCAAUAACAUUUUGACAAGUGCAGAUAUAGAGCCUUAUAGUCCUGAACUCUUGAAUUAUGUUGCCAUAUAACAAGGAUGUCCCCUUUCUGUCCACAUCACAUACAAACCAGAGAUUUGGCUUCUGUAGCUAAGACAUUUUGGGAAUACAUUCCUUUCUUUUAUUUUACAUGGGAAUAGUUAUUAAUACUCAAAGUUAUGCAAGUUUAGCAGUAUUUUGGUAUAUUUAGCCAUCUGAUAUGAACAUUUUGUUAUUUCAACACUCAGGAAAUGACAGCAGCAUAUGGCACCACAAGCAAACUGAUAGACUUCUGGAUUAUCCUAUGGUUGCAGCAUUUGUAACCAGGAAACCAUGUAACCAUGAGUUCAACCAUCAGACUGUGGGUGCUGUUUCAACACAUCCUCAAAUGCAUGUUUUACUUUUUGCCAAAAUAAGCUCACAUACUGAAGAGUUCAUGCUGUUAAAAAAUGAUCUGUGAUGCUGUGAACAUUUCUCUUUAGUGCUGCUUCACACAAUUAUUUUGCUUCCUUUUCUGUGGGGAGGGAUGUCAUUAUUAUUAGCCUUUCAGAUUAUAUAACAUACUUGCCGUCAGUAAAGAUUGUUUAUGUUAUGCAUUCAUCUGAUGUAAACAGGUCAUGUAGGUAACUGUUGAUGUCAGAGAGACAGACUUCUUAUACUGUACAUGCCUACUGUAUAGCUUCAAAGUAAACCUCAUUUCUCCCCAUGGUCAUACUGAAACAAGGGUCUAAAUUGUCUACAAUGGCUUCAGAAAGUAUUCAUACCCCAUGACUUAUUCCACACUUUUAUGUUAUAGCCUGAAUCCACUCAGGAACAUUCAAUGUCGUCUUGGUAAGCAACUAAGGUGUAUAUUUGACCUUCUGUUUUAAGUUAUUGUCCUGCUAAAAGGUGAAUUUGUCUCCCAGUGUCUGUUGGAAAGCAGACUGAACCAGGUUUUCCUCUAUGAUUUUGCCUGUGCUUAGCUCUCCUGUUUCAUUUUAGUCCUUGCCAAUGACAAGCAUACCCAUAACAUGAUGCAGCCACCACCAUGCUUGAAAAUAGGAAGAGUGGUACUCUGUGAUAUGUUGGAUUUGCCCCAAACAUAACACUUUUUGUUCUGGACAUAAAGUUAAUUUCUUUGUCACAUUUUUUUCCCCAGGUUUACAUUACUGCCUUAUAGCAAACCGGAUGCAUGUUUUGGAAUAUUUGUAUUCUGUACAGGCUUCCUUCUUUUCACUUUACCAAUUUGGUAAGUAUUGUGGAGUAACUACAAUGUUGUUGAUCCAUCUUCAGUUUUCUCCUAUCACAGCCAUUAAACUAACUGUUUUAAACAAGUCA